GCCGAGUCCGUGUACGAAAUGCGGACACUUCCACUCCAUUACAUUAUCAUUUCAUUUUCCGCGCAGCAUGACUCACACACGACUUGUUUGACGAAAUUCCCCUGAGACCGAGAGGCUAAAAUUCCCUUUUCAUUCCACCGACGCCAUAAAAUUCCUCUCGUUUUUUGCUUCCUUUGUUUUUCUUUUGCCCGAGAGAGGAAAAUUACGACAGGAAAUAAUAAAUAAAUAAAAAGAUGCAGAAGCCGAGGGAUCGACGGUCAAGAUCCUCAAGACCCAUAACUAUUCAUAGCUUAGCACAAUCUGGAGACGUUUUUGCCUUUCAAAAGUUGCUCAAUGACAACCCUUCUCUUCUUAAUGAACGUAACCCUGUUAUGGUGCAGACGCCUCUUCAUGUUGCUGCUGGUUACAAUAAUGUGGAAAUACUCAAGUUUUUACUUGGUUGGCCAGGCCCAGAAAAGGUGGAGUUGGAAGCCAAGAACAUGUAUGGAGAGACUCCAUUGCACAUGGCAGCCAAGAAUGGUUGUAAUGAAGCCACAAAAGUGCUUCUUGCUCAUGGUGCUCAUGUUGAAGCCAAAGCCAAUAAUGGGAUGACUCCGUUGCACCUUGCUGUUUGGCAUUCACUACGAGCCGAAGACUAUUCAACAGUAAAGACAUUGUUGGAGUAUGACGCGAAUUGUAGUGCUGAAGACAAUGAGGGCAUGACUCCUAUAAAUCAUCUCUCUCAAGGCCCUGGAAAUGAAAAAUUGCGUGAACUUCUCCACCGGUAUCUUGAAGAACAAAGAAAACGUAAAGCCAUUGAAGCAUGCAGCCAGACCAAAGCUAAAAUGGAUGAACUUGAAAAUGAAUUAUCUACAAUAGUGGGAUUAGACGAACUUAAACUGCAGCUCCGCAAAUGGGCAAAGGGGAUGCUCUUGGAUGAGAGGCGUAAGGCCCUAGGGCUUAAAGUUGGUGCAAGAAGACCGCCCCAUAUGGCUUUCCUCGGAAACCCUGGAACAGGAAAAACUAUGGUUGCUCGCAUUCUUGGAAAAUUACUUCAUAUGGUGGGGAUUCUUCCCACUGACAACGUGACCGAGGUGCAGAGAACAGAUCUGGUUGGUGAAUUUGUUGGUCAUACAGGACCGAAGACAAGGAGAAAGAUCCAAGAAGCUGAAGGGGGGAUUCUUUUCGUUGAUGAAGCCUAUCGAUUAAUACCUAUGCAGAAAUCAGAUGAUAAGGACUAUGGUUUGGAAGCACUAGAGGAGAUAAUGUCAGUCAUGGAUAGCGGAAAAAUUGUAGUAAUUUUUGCAGGUUACAGUGAACCAAUGAAGCGUGUGAUCACUUCUAACGAAGGUUUCUGUAGAAGAGUCACAAAGUUUUUCCAAUUUGACAACUUUAGCUCUGAAGACCUUGCCAAGAUUCUUCAUCUUAAGAUGACCAAUCAAGCUGAUAGUAGCUUGCUAUAUGGGUUUAAGUUGCAUCCUUCAUGUACUGUUGACACUGUUUCAUCACUUAUCAAGGACGAAACCACUGAAAAGCAGCGCAAGGAGAUGAAUGGAGGUCUAGUGGAUCCAAUGCUAGUUAAUGCAAGAGAGAAUUUGGAUCUCAGACUCAGUUUUGACUGCAUAGACUCAGACGAACUAUCAACGAUUACUUUAGAGGAUUUAAAAACUGGUCUUCAGUUGCUGUCGCAAACAGGAGUUGCAGCUUAGUUCUGACUUCUUUCCAAGCCAAAUGGAGCGCAGAACCAAUGAGUUGCCAUAGAAGUUAAUCAAGUUAUACGUGACUUUGUGAGAAAGUUAUAGAGAUUGCCAUAUAUUGGUGGCGUCGACCUUGUAAUGGAUACUAGCUAGAGGUAGAUUAGCUCAGGCCUGCAGGUCUGUUGUCCGCGGAUUACUUCCUCAUGAAUUUCUCUCUUUUCGCAUAUUGCAACCUUGUAUUAGUUAGUUCAUUAAAUUUGUUAAAUAUCCAUUUAAAUUCUUCAUUGUACUUGGGAAAUUCUUUUUGUACUUUUGUUAUAGGUUGCUGGCUGUUGCAGGUUGGACAAAAAUUAUUGUACUGUACUAACUAAUCAUCCUUAUAUUGUUCAGCGACUAUAUAUGUAUUAUCAGGGUUC